AUGGAAAAACAACGUUUUACUAAUUUUAUUAAAAGAAAAUAUUUUUCCUCAGAAGUUACUAAUAAGUUAGAAAUUAAAGAAAUAAAUGGAGUAAAAGAAGAAAUAAAUGAAAUUUACGUAGACGCAAAAACAACUGAAGAAAUUUCUGAAAUUUCUUUACAAGAAAAUAGUAUUGCCGAAGUAGCAAAAACUUUAACUGAAUUAGAGCAAAAUUGUAUGUUGAUACCCUCGUAUGCCAAACGCGUAGUUAACGAGAAAGGAAAUACCGAAUGGCUGGUGCGAGUUCGUGGUUGGGCCUUUGGAACCAGACAAAGCCGAAGAAAAAAGUUGGUAAUAGGGAUGGCAAAACGUUUUGCUGGAGUGCACAAAGAUGAUGAAGAAAGUAGAGAAAAAAGUAGAUUAUUAGAGGAGAGAUUUUCAAUGUUAUUGGCAAAAAAUCUUCGAAACCAAGAGUACAAAGUGCAAAUAGUCAGCUUAGCCCAUCCAACACAUAUGGAGUUAGAUGAAGACCCUGAAGUAAAUGAGAACGACGACGAAGUAAGUGAAUAUUCAACAGCUUACCAGGAUCUUCAUCCAUCGACUCAUAUCACGAGUAAUACCGGACAUUUUUGUGGUACCAUCCAAAUCCCGGUAGAGAUUGUUGAUGAGUGGGUGGAUAAAGCUCAAAAAGAAGGAAUCAGAGACGGAAAUCACGUGAGAUUGUUGAAACUGGAAGCUACACCAGAAGGGAGAAAACUUACUCGUCCAUCACAUGGAUUCGCAUGUUUAAUCGAAGACGAAGGGAUAUCUGUUAUAUCAGAUAUUGAUGAUACAAUAAAAUUAACAGAAAUUACAAGUGGUCCACGCACCGCUCUCUCAAACACAUUUUUAUACGAUUUAGUAGAAAUUCCUGGAAUGGCAGAUGUAUAUACGGAAUGGUAUAACAAAGGCGCAUCAAUUCACUACGUUUCGAAUUCCCCUUGGCAACUCUUUCCAAUGUUAAAACAAUUUAUAAAACGUUUUCCACCUGGUUCAGCACAUUUAAAAUUUUAUAAUGAUUUGUUAAAGAAUUUCCUUUUUGACGAACCAGGAUUUUCAAAGAUUACAUACAUUAAAGAAAUUCUUGAGGACUUUCCUAAUCGAAAAUUUAUCCUUAUUGGAGAUAGUGGUGAAAUUGAUAUGGAAAUAUAUUCUAAGAUAGCAAAGCAAUAUCCAAGUCAGAUUUUGCAUGUGUUUAUUCGAGAUGUGUCUACAGAACGUCUCAAAAGUAAAUCUUCAUCAUCCACCAAACGAACACGAUCGUUUCCAACUAUCCUCAAACGCUCAUUAUCAAGUUCAUCUCUUAACACAAAGCCAAAGCCUCCGGUAGUAGACACAUCUGCCAAAUAUUUAUUCAAUUCAGAAGAUUUGGUGCAAUCACCCGAUACCUUAACACCAACGACGCCAACGACGCCAACGACUCCUACUGAAGUUGAUUAUAAUACACAUCUACAACAAUUUCAUGAAAAAGUUAAUGCAUGUAAGGAGUCAAUUCCUAAAGGUGCAUUUACACUUUUUAAGGAUAGUCAUGAAUUGCAAGAAAAUGAGGAAGUUAAUAGAGAAUUUGAUAUGUUACUAGAGAAACAACAACACAGAACAUCUCGACAAAAUACUCUAAAUUAG